CACAGCUGAUGAGUCACCGUCGGUGCAUUUCUGCUGGCUGGUUGCCUGCUGAUCUGAUUUUGAUUUGCACUCUCCACCACCACGCAAAGCAACGACAAGCAGCGCAUACGAACGACCUUCCCUGACACCCCAGAAGAAGCAAGCUUGAAGCAAACGGCGCACCCCAGACAGCGAUGUGCUCCAUCACGAGCUGCCUCUCAUCGGCGGCGUGCUGCCUGUGCUCGUCGUCGUGUGGACGAUGCGGGUCUGCAACCAUGACGCGUGUCGGCUACGCUCUCCUCUUGUUGCUCUCCGCUGUUUGUGGUUGGAUCUUCCUCAACCCAAAAGUCUCCUCCGACCUCCAGAAGAUGGACAAGUAUGUUGGUCACAUCUGCAAGGGCAACGAAAACUGCGAUCGCCGCUGGGGUGAGCUUGGCGUGUAUCGUGUCCUCACGGCCACCGCCGUCUUCCAUGCCCUCAUGGCCCUCAUCCUCAUUGGCGUCAAGUCGAGCCGCGAUCCACGCGCCGCAAUCCACAAGGGCUUCUGGCCUGUGAAGCUCCUGCUGCUGAUUGCACUCGCCACUGGCGCCUUCUUUAUCCCCAACGGCGUCUUCAUGGACCUUGGCUGGGUUGCGCUUGUGUGCGGGUUCCUGUUCAUCAUUGUGCAGAUGGUGCUGCUUGUGGACUUUGCCUACUCCUGGAACGAGGCCUGGCUCGGCCGCAUGGAGGACGGAAGCUCGUGCUACAAGUGGGGCCUCAUCACGUGCUCGUUUGGCGCAUACGCCAUCGCCAUCGCCAUCACCGUCUGCUGCUUCGUCUUCUACACCCAGGCUGACAACAACCCGUGCACGCUCAGCAAGACAGCGCUUGGUGUCAACAUUGGCCUUUCCCUCAUCAUGACGUUCUUCGCCCUACACCCCCGCGUCCAAGAAGCACAACCGACGUCUGGCCUGCUGCAGGCCGGCAUCAUGUCCUUCUACACCACGUACCUCGUCUGGUCUGCCGUCUCAAACGUCGAUGAGCCGUGCGGUAUGGGUGUGAAGCCCGAUACGACGGCAACGGUCGUUGGCGCCAUCCUCACCUUUCUUGCUGUCGCGUACAGCAGCAUGCGCACGUCCUCUGCGUCGCAGCUGGGCAAGCUGGGCAUGCAGCAGGACGCGAGCGAGCGCGAGAGCCUGAUCCUCUCCGACGUGGAGAGCGGUGGCGGCGAUGAUGACGACAGCAGCGGUGGCGGCUGUGCUGGCGGCGAUGACGAGGCUGACGGUGUCAAGUACAGCUGGUCGUUCUUCCACCUCACCUUCAUGAUGGCCGCCUUCUAUCUCAUGAUGGUCAUCACAGACUGGGCAAACAUCAGGGACGGGCACACCGCCAACGAGAAGGUUGGCAACGGCCUUGCAUCAGUCUGGAUCCAGAUUGCCUCAUCCUGGGUCGUUGCGCUCCUGUACAUCUGGACGCUGAUUGCGCCCCUCUGUCUGCCAAACCGCGACUUCAGCUAAGUGCAUUCGCGCAAGCACGUCAUGUGCAUUCAAAGUGCUGUGCGCACGCUUGCGCCUCGUGCGUAAAUGUUGGCACGUCGUUUCUUGGUUCACACCCCUCCCCAAUCUCUUAUGCACCCCAUUGUUGUUCCCCUUACCGGUCUGUUGCCUGCCUCAAUCUUUCUUUCGAUGCUUUCCCUUUUUCUCUCUGCACACACUGCAUUGUUUUGACAUGUCAUCAGUUAUAUUGCAUGAAGCACACACACACACACACACACACACACACACACACACACACACACACACACACAUUCAUAACAAACACGCACACAACCGGAAACACACGAGCACACAUGCACGCACAUCCCCUUACAACCAACACACAAAUAAAUGAAAGUUGCGCACAA